AUGUCCAACAUGUCCCAGAGGCCCAUCUACGGUAUGCUCCUCCGCUCUAACUCCGCUUACCUAGUGUCCAACGGAAAUGGCGGCUGGGACCCCACCCACGUCCCAGCCGACACCCAGCACCUGGGCGCCCACGCGCCCUCGUACGGCUCGACAUCGAUGAAAUCCGUCCCCCAGGAACCAAUCGGAACCAUGCAGCCGGUCCAGCUCAUCAGCGCCCAAAUCUGCCCCGUCACUGGUCAGCCGCACGAGGAGAAGUCGCGUCCCGGCGCAAUCGGACUGAUGAUCGGUAUCUGUUUCUGUCCCAUCGGGUGUAUUGCCGUCAUUUUCGACCAGAAGCGUACGUGCCCGAACUGCAACUACGUGAUUGAGGAGGCUUGGGGCGGGUGUUAG